AUGAUCCUGGCAGUUGUCGCUGAAAUCUCAGUUGGUCUGCCUGACCGUGGCCUGACUACCAUUCCCAGUGCUGAGAAGUCAUCCAUUCCUGGUGUUAAUGGAUAUGAUAAUCGACCUGUGUUAGUUGCUAAUGUAAGUGGGAUGGUGGAUGCUGAUGGAGUCUGUCAAUGUGUAGUUUAUCUCCCUGAUGCCUCGUUCCCUGCAGACAGAGUGGAGCAUCUUGAAAUAUGGAUAUUAUCCAUAUUUACCGAUUUACAAAAGGAAACUAACAAGAUCCAGGAGUACAGCAGCAAAAUAAUACUUUAUGAAGAUCAACUAGCAAACCUCACUGUGCAGGUGGAGAACUUGGAAAUCAGUGGAAUGUCUUUCAACGAAUUAGAGUUUGAAUUAGUGAAGAAUGAAAUAAAAGAGAUGGAGGUUCUGAUCACACAGCUCAAGGAUUCUUUGAAUGGAAGCAACAUUAUCAUUGACAACCUUUUUCUUGAGAUUCAGAAUCUAUCAGCUGCAGUAGGUGAACUGGAAACCCUUGAUAAAAACAAUGUACUUGUUAUUCGUCGUGAAGUCUCUGCUUUACGGAAACAGUUAAAGGAAUGUGAAGAGGCCAAGAAUCAAACUAGCUCUCCAAUUAUUCCUGGAAGUUGUAAUCAUGGAACUCUUUUAAAUAUGAGUGAGCCAUUUAUAGUGCAGCUGAACUGGAAAGGUUUUUCAUACAAAGGAGGAGCCUGGGGAAAAGACCCAGAACCAGCAACGUCCAACAGGGAACUAUAUUGGCAAGUGCCCUUAACAAAUGACUUUAGAUAUAUGCAACAAUACAGAUAUUACAAUUCUUAUGAUGACUUAAGACUUUACAGAAAUCCACAUGAUGGAUGGACAUCAUAUUAUGGACAAGGCAGUGGUAUGGUAGUUUAUAAAGAAAAGCUGUAUUACAACUGUCAAGAUUCAAACCAGAUCUGCAGAGUUUCCGUGAAUACAGGCAAUUUUGAGAUGAGAAAAUCUCUUCCCAAUGCUACUUUUAAUAACAUGUUCUCCUAUGCAGGUACUCCCUGGCAAGAUAUUGAUAUUGCAGUUGAUGAAAGUGGGUUGUGGGCAAUUUAUGCCACUGAAGAAAGUACAGGAAAUAUUGUCAUAAGCAAACUGAAUGAAACAACACUUGAUGUUGAAGACACUUGGGUGACAAGGAUGUACAGACGUGCUGUUAGUAACGCAUUCAUUGUAUGUGGUGUUCUGUACACAACAAGAAGCAUCAACUACAGACAAGAAGAAGUAUUUUAUAUGUAUGACACCAGAACCGAUCAAGACACCACUAUUAGCAUACCAUUCGGUAAAAUAAAUGAAUACUUGCAUGGGGUCAACUAUAAUCCAAAAGACCAUAAACUCUAUGUCUAUAAUAAUGGCUAUCUUCUGACAUAUGAUCUUUAUUUUUAUUAA